GCUUUGUGGUCGAGCGGGAUUCGUUAUUCUAAUAUGGGAGAAUUGAGUAUCGACAACGACAGUACUAUAGAAAUCGACUACACUCCUUACGAAGAGAGACUGGAAACUUACAUCGUGCCAAUUUUAUUUUUAAUUAUUUUCGUUGUUGGUGUUUUGGGAAAUGGCACCCUGGUAGUAAUAUUCCUGCGGCAUAGAUCUAUGCGAAACGUGCCCAAUACGUUUAUUUUUUCCUUGGCACUCGCUGAUCUGCUCGUUAUAAUCACAUGCGUCCCAUUCACGUCCAUCUUGUAUACAUUGGAGUCGUAUCCGUGGGGUGUGGCGGUUUGCAAAAUAUCCGAAUCAGCGAAAGAUAUCAGCAUUGGAGUGUCCGUCUACACGUUGACGGCUUUAUCGGUGGAAAGAUACUAUGCUAUAGCGAAUCCUCUUAGACGACUGCAGAAAAAAUCAGUUGCCAUUCUUGCCGCCCUGUUAAUCUGGUUACUGGCGAUCGCUUUUGCCCUACCAGACGCCGUCUUUUCACGCCUGGAUGAAGUGGAAAUCGAUAGCAACAAAACUAUUACGUUCUGUUCACCUUUUCCCAACAUCAGCGACGUCGAUGUUUACGCCAAAUACAAUGUUUUCUCCAAGUCCCUGGUCUACUACGUCAUACCGUUGAGUGUUAUAGCCUGCUUCUACAUCUUGAUGGCCAUAAGGUUACACGCUAGCGCGAAUGAGAUGCCCGGCGACGUGAAAGGUACCCAGUCCGUCGUUCAAGCAAAAGCAAGAAAACACGUCGCCAGAAUGGUCCUGAUAUUCGUAUUUCUGUUCUUUAUAUGCUUCCUCCCACACCACGUGUUUAUGCUGUGGUUUCACUUUUAUCCUAACGCCAAGAAUUCCUAUAACUACUGGUGGCAUGCUUUAAAAAUGAUCGGAUUUUGUUUAAGUUUUGUAAAUUCGUGCGUCAAUCCUAUAGCGCUGUAUUGGGGCAGUGGCGUUUUUAGAUCUUACUUUAAUAAGUACUUAUGCUGCAAGAACUUAGAAUGGUCGAGGAAUGCACAAUCAAAUAGAGAUUAUGACUCGAAUUUGAAUUCUACGCUUCGACGAAGAGAUCAGGUCACAUUGACCAGCAUCGUGUGUGAAUCGCAGUCGCUUCAAGAUGCCUACAACCCUCAGCAUCGACAAGAAGUGACGAUCCACAGCUAAAAAAAGUCACUACCCAUUCUAAAUGGAUUUUUACUUUUGGGCAUUUAAAUUAUUUGGUUCAACAAAUUACUUUAUAUAUGCGAAAGCAAUCUGUUGGCUUGCAUUAUGGAGAUAUGCGGAGUUAUAAUACUGUGAAUUUCGAAAGAUAUGUAAUGUGUGUAUCAAUAAAUGU